AUGGCAGAGGAUGAGUUAGCCGUAGCUUUGAAAGAUAUCCACUACCGACUGCAAACUGCCAGCUUGAAGGAAAGAAAACGAGCCAUUGAAAAUGUGAUACAGGUUUUAAAUAAACCCGGUUUCAAUGAGAGUAUCGUGAAAGGUGUUUGUAGAGUUUUACCCUUGACCCUGCAAAGAUACAGCGAUAGUUUUUCACAACAUCUCGUCAGGAAUUUAAUUGCACAAUUGAUCCAGGAACAUCCCGAAGCGACCAUAAAAUGUUUAACGAACGUUUUGAAAGAGGUAGCUUUGCAAUACAAAAAUAUCGUCAUCACAAACAAUACAAGCAAGAGUGCCCUGUUCGCUUUGGGUUGUUCGACCAUAUUAUUCGUAAAAGGAUGGAAACACGAUUCGUCCACAACCAGCAAUCAAUUGAAAGAUAUCGUAGAACUGCAAUCCUAUUUGGUAACAUCAGUUUUAGGAGCUAGUAAUACAAAAAGAAGGGCAAAAGCCGCAUCAUUGAUGGAUAAAUCCCUGUCGGAUGUUCCAGACAGUGAGAAAAUGUACUUGGACAUAAUCAAGAAUCUUGAACAAACGGAGCACACUAUCGUUCUAGCUUCAUUAAUCGUAGAAAGGCUAUCAAAGAAUAAAAUUGACUUGCUAAAUUUGUAUAUUGAUCAAUUGGUAGAUACUUUUAUUAAAAAAUUCAUCAGUUGCAAAGUUAGACCUUCCCCAAACAUUGUACUGGCCUGCUAUCCCCUUCUGAGGCAAAUUAAUCAGGACAUUUUCGGUAAAACUGUCGUUCCAGCAUUACAAAAAGCGAUGCUUAGAAACCCCGAGGUGAUCUUGGAAUGCGUAGGAUUGGUGAUAUCUGGCGUUAAUUUGGACAUCAGCUCUACGAUUGGAGAAAUAGGAAAUAUUCUAAUAGCAAAUUUACAUUCCAAAGAUGAUAAAGCGCGCGCGGACGCGAGCGACGCCUGCAAACGUUUAGCCGAAAAAAUUAGCAAUCGCAAAGCGAUAGAAGAACUGAUCAAAAAAACCUUUGCCGUGUUACACGGUUCCUCAGGCAAAUUGACUGUCGUCGAGCACAAGAUAAGCGUUUUACUCGGAGCCGGGAAUCUGAGCCAUAACGCCGCGAGCGGUGAGGAUUUACAAGCGCUGAUCGUAGUGGCUGCGGAGCAUUUCGGUAAAGUCUUAGAAACCGAAGUGCACGAGAAAACUCUCAGUCACACGCUCGAUAUGCUAUCAUUGUGGCUCUCGAAAUUAACCCAAGAAGUACCCAAGAAAGUCGUAGACAUGCUUAAAAACGGUAUUUGCUUGAAAACGUCCACUCCGGCCGUUAGAAUAUCGUACAUCCAGUGCAUGAUAUCCACGUUCAAUUCGAAAACCAUCUCGCAAGCGUCCCCCUUCGUUCCGAUUCUAUCGAAAUCGAUCGAAAAGGCCGUGGCCCAGCCGGCGGUGGCCCCAUCGGUGACCGAAGGCCUGUGCGCCGCUUUGCUGCUGCUGAAAUUCGCCAGCGCCCAACAGGACAAGGACAAUCAAUUCCAAAACGUUUGGAACGCCGUGCUCGACAUGGACAAGCAAAUUUUCUACUCCGAUAAAUAUUUAACCGCGAUCUCCGACAACGGUUGCGUGUACUUGAUGCAGCUGUGCGAGCUGCUGGUCGUGCAAUAUCCGGAGAAAUUGACGAGACCGGAGCCGGUGUACCGGGCCAUAUUGUACUGCUCGACGAUCCAUUUGAGCAACAUGCGGCGCAAGUGCCUGGCGGUGCUCAAGCGGAUAGUGGCGAGUUUGAGCGGCGUCGCCGUCGCGAGGGCUCUGUUCAAAGAGUUGAACAAAUUCUUGGAGACGAACCGGAUUCAAUCGAGGGACGAUAAGGAUGAUAGCAACAACAGCUUAACCUCUCAUUCGGUGACGGAGUGCAUAACGACGUUGUUUUCCGUAUCCGGGGCUCCCGUCGAAGACAUCCAAUUGUUAGCCGUGGAUUCGUUGUUGCCCGCUCAUCAUCCGGCCGUCGUGGCACUCGUACCGAAUUUGUGGUUGAAAGUAAUCAAGCACUUCAACAUCAAACCGAAGGAUUUGGUCGCUCGACAAGCGGCUAAAUUUAACGAGUUGCUGAUCGACAAUUACACCGAUAAGGAAACGUACGAAAACUCAUUGGCGACGCUCGUUUCGAUCAACGGAGACGUGGUGUUGCCCGAAGUAAUCAAAACGGUACUGAAGCAAUUGGAGGAUCCGAAGAUAUGCCAAAUUUCCAAAGACGAUUACUUCACGUUUCUCACGCCCGAAGGCGAAUUGUACGACAAAAGCGUCAUUCCAGGCGACGAUAGCAACGCCGAAAUGAAUUUAAAACGAGAGAGCAAAGCGUACAGCUACAAAGAACAAGUCGAAGAAUUGCAACUUCGAAGGGAACUGGAAGAAAAGCGGAUAAAAGAAGGGAAAAUCAAACCGCCAAAACUCACCGUCAAACAACAAGAAGCGAUCAAAAACCAAACCGUAAAGGAACAGGCCAUCAGAUCCCGACUAGCCGAAUUAAACACGACCAUUUUAAACUCCAUAUCAAUGGUGAAAGCGACCGCCAAAGGUAACCCCCUCCACCUAUCGCUGCACUUCAAAGACCUCCUCCCGUCGCUCCUGCAAAACCUCCAAUCCCCCCUAGCCGCUCCGCACGUGUGCAAGCUAUUCACCGCCCUCCGAACGGUCGUCUUCCGCGACGAGCUCGACUCGCUGGGCGAGCUCGUCGCCUUCGUCACGCUGCGGCUGGUCAAGCCGCAUUGCGACCUCGACCCGAACUGGGAGCCGGAGAACCUCAACAAAGCCAUGGCGCGCACCGUCGCCUUGAUCCACCAAAAGACCGUCGCCAAGAAGGCGGAGGAGGGCGCGCGCCGCCUCACCGUGCCCGCCUUCUGCUACGCCUUUCCCUUUUUGAAGCACAGCCUGACGUCGAACUACGCGAGAAACCACGACGAGCUCGUCCACGACGGUUUGCAGAUUAUCAACGAGCACGCCAAGCUGAGAGGAUCCGAAGAUAACGGCGUUAAAGACGUGUACCAUCCGAAAUAUUUACCCGCUAAACAGAUUCUGAGUUUGCUAGUGGAUAUCAUCAACGCCACGACGGGUAGGAUACAAUCGCAAUGCGAGGCUUGUUUGUUAGAGGUGGCUACUUGCGUAAGCGGUAACGCCGGUUGCGCCAAAGCUUCGUACAGCGAAAUCGACGUGUUGCUAGGCGCUUUACAAAGCCCGGCGGCCGUUGUGAGAGACGCAGCGCUUCGCAGCCUCGACAUCAUAGCGAAUUGUCUACCGACGAUAUACACCGAUUGCGAUUACGCCAUGGAAGUGUACAAGCGCGUGUGGAUAGCCCGGUUCGACGAGAACGAGGAGAACCGCCAGAUGGCGCGCCAGUUGUGGGACAAAGCCGAGAUGGAACUCCCGGCCGGCGAGGAGCUCCUGAUGGAAAUCGAGCAUCCCGUCGAAGUUGUACAAUCGGCGGCCGCUAAAUCGUUAGCGGCGCUGCUGGAGGCGACGCGCGACGAUUGCGACGUGGAGGCCAUCCUGCGGCGGCUCGUCCGGCUCUACAACGACCGAUUGAAGAUGAUACCGGCGCGCGUCGACGAGUUCGGCCGCGAGAUCGAGAAGUCGAUCGACACGUGGGGGCCGCGACGCGGCGUCGCCGCCGCCCUCGCCGAGCUGGCGCCGUUGCUCACCGACGCGUCCAUAGCGAGUUUGAUCGAGUUCUUCGUGGCGCGGUCGCUGGGCGAUCGCAACGAGACGGUCAGGAAGGAGAUGCUGAACGCGGCGCUGCGCGUCGUCGAUUUGCACGGCAACGAGACCGUCGGCACGCUGUGGCCGGUGUUCGACGAUUUCAUGGGGAAAUCGUCGAAGUCGGCGACGUACGAUGCGGUCAAACAGGCGGUGGUGAUACUGAUGGGAUCGCUGGCGCGGCAUUUGGACAAGGACGACGAACGGAUCAAGCCGAUCGUGUUGCGAUUGAUACAGGCGUUGUCGACGCCGUCGCAGACGGUGCAGGAGGCCGUGGCGAAUUGCCUGCCGCCGUUGAUACCGUCCGUCAAAGACGACGCGCCCGGUUACGUUAACAAACUGUUACAUCAGCUGUUGAAGGGCGAUAAAUACGGCGAGAGAAAGGGCGCCGCUUACGGUUUAGCAGGUUUGGUGAAGGGUAUGGGCAUAUUGGCGCUGAAACAACACGACAUCAUGACGAAAUUAACGGAUGCUAUACAGGAUAAGAAGAACUACAAGCACCGAGAAGGCGCGUUGUUCGCUUUCGAGAUGCUCUUCCAAAUGUUGGGUAAACUAUUCGAGCCGUACAUUGUGCACGUGUUGCCGCAUCUGUUGCAAUGCUUCGGCGAUUCCAGCCAAUACGUCCGUACGGCGGCCGACGAUACGGCGAAAGUCGUAAUGAGCAAAUUGUCCGGACACGGCGUGAAAUUGGUGCUACCGUCUCUGCUGGCCGCUUUAGAAGAGGAUUCUUGGAGGACCAAAACCGGUUCGGUGGAGUUGCUGGGCGCGAUGGCGUAUUGCGCGCCGAAACAACUCUCCUCCUGUCUACCCAGCAUCGUACCCAAACUGAUCGAAGUCCUCAGCGAUUCGCACAUGAAAGUCCAAGAGGCCGGCGCCGCCGCCCUCAAAGUCAUCGGCUCGGUGAUCCGCAAUCCCGAAAUCCAAGCCAUCGUACCCGUGCUGCUCAAAGCUUUGCAAGACCCGUCGAACAAAACCUCCGCCUGUCUGCAGACGUUGCUCGACACGCAAUUCGUGCACUUCAUCGACGCGCCCUCGUUGGCCCUGAUAAUGCCGGUGGUGCGGCGCGCCUUCAUCGAUCGCUCGACCGAAACGCGAAAGAUGGCCGCCCAAAUCAUCGGCAACAUGUACUCGCUGACCGACCAGAAGGACCUCACGCCCUACCUGCCCACCAUCAUACCCGGCCUGAAGACGUCGCUGUUGGACCCGGUGCCGGAGGUGCGGUCGGUGAGCGCGCGCGCCCUCGGCGCCAUGGUGCGCGGCAUGGGCGAGUCGAGCUUCGAGGACCUGCUGCCGUGGCUGAUGCAGACGCUCACGUCGGAGACGAGCUCGGUGGACCGGUCGGGCGCUGCCCAGGGCCUGUCCGAGGUGGUCGGCGGGCUCGGCGUCGAGAAGCUGCACAAGCUGAUGCCCGACAUCAUCGGCACCGCCGAACGGACGGACAUCGCGCCGCACGUCAAAGACGGCUACAUCAUGAUGUUCAUCUACAUGCCGGCGGUGUUCACCGACGAAUUUACGCCGUACAUCGGCCAGAUCAUCAAUCCGAUAUUGAAGGCGUUGGCCGACGAGAACGAGUACGUUAGAGAUACCGCGCUGAAGGCGGGACAGAGGAUCGUGACGUUGUACGCGGAUUCCGCCAUUUUGCUGUUGCUUCCCGAGCUCGAAAAGGGACUGUUCGAUGAGAAUUGGAGGAUCAGAUACAGUUCCGUCCAACUUCUCGGCGAUCUACUCUACAGGAUAUCCGGCGUGACGGGUAAAAUGAGCACGGAAACGGCCAGCGAAGACGACAACUUCGGUACCGAGCAAUCGCAUUCGGCGAUCAUCAGAGCGCUGGGAGCGGAACGACGCAACCGAGUGUUGGCCGGGCUCUACAUGGGUCGAUCGGACGUGGCGUUGAUGGUCAGACAAGCGGCUUUGCACGUGUGGAAGGUCGUCGUCACCAACACCCCGAGGACGCUCAGAGAGAUCCUUCCGACGUUGUUCGGCCUACUCUUAGGGUGCUUGGCCAGCGACAGCUACGAUAAACGCCAGGUGGCGGCGCGAACGCUGGGCGAUCUGGUGCGCAAGCUCGGCGAGCGCGUCCUGCCCGAGAUCAUACCGAUCUUGGAGCGCGGCCUGCAAUCCGACCGGUCCGAUCAACGGCAGGGCGUCUGCAUCGGCCUGUCGGAGAUCAUGGCGUCGACGUCCAAGGAGAUGGUGUUGACGUUCGUCAAUUCGCUGGUGCCCACCGUGCGGAAGGCGCUCUGCGAUCCGUUGCCGGAGGUGCGCCAGGCGGCGGCGAAGACCUUCGACAGUCUGCACUUCACCGUCGGCUCGAGGGCCUUGGACGACAUUCUGCCGGCGCUGUUGAACCAACUGAACGACGACGAUCCGAACGUGGUGGAAUGGACGUUGGACGGUUUGAGACAAGUGAUGGCGAUCAAGUCGCGCGUCGUCUUGCCUUAUUUAGUGCCUCAAUUGACAGCGCCGCCGGCCAAUACGAAGGCGCUCGCCAUUUUGGCGUCGGUGGCCGGCGAGGCCUUGAACAAGUACCUACCCAGGAUACUGCCGGCCUUGCAAACGGCCCUAGCCGCUUCCAGGAACACUCCCGACGAAUCGCAGCAAAUGGAGUACUGCCAGGCGGUGGUGUUGUCGGUGGCCGACGAGGUGGGCAUUCGAACGGUGAUAGAUACGAUGUUGGAGAAUUCGCGGAACGAGAACGCCGAUCAAAGGCGGGCGGCCGCCACGUUGUUGUGCGGUUUCUGCGCCAAUUCCAAGGCCCAGUACGUCGCGCACGUGCCCCAAUUGCUCAGGGGACUCAUCCAUUUGUGCACCGAUUCGGACAAGGAGGUCCUGCAGAUGUCUUGGGAAGCCCUAAACGCCGUCACCAAGACGUUAGAACCGAAGCAACAGGCGACGUACGUAUCGGACGUACGUCAGGCCGUGCGUUACGCCAUGUCGGACAUGAAAGGAUCGUCCGAUUUGCUGCCAGGUUUUUGCCUGCCGAAGGGCAUCGCGCCGAUACUGCCCAUAUUCAGAGAGGCGAUUCUGAACGGCGACGGCGACGAGAAGGAGACCGCCGCCCAAGGUUUGGGCGAGGUGAUCAGGGUGACGAGCGCCCCGGCGCUCCAGCCGAGCGUCGUCGCCAUAACGGGGCCGUUGAUUCGAAUAUUGGGCGAUAGGUUCAGCGCCAACGUCAAGACGGCCGUGUUGGAAGCGCUGGCUAUUUUAUUGGCUAAGGUGGGAAUUAUGCUGAAGCAGUUCUUGCCGCAACUUCAGACGACGUUCGUGAAAGCUCUGAACGAUCCUAAUCGAUCGGUGCGCUUGAAAUCGGCCGCCGCUCUCGGUCGCCUCAUCGUGAUCCAUCAAAGGGCCGAUCCUUUGUUCACCGAGUUGCACAACACUAUUAAAAACACCGAAGAUAUAGCCAUUAAAGAAACGACUUUGCACGCUUUGCGAGGCAUCCUGACGCCGGCCGGCGAUAAGAUGUCGGAUCCCGUGAAAAAGCAAAUUCACGCAACGUUAAUCAGCUUGCUCGGAGCGCCCGAAGAUACGGUUAGAAAAUGCGCGGCCGGCUGUUUGGGCGCCAUCUGCCGGUACCUAACGCCCGAGCAAUUGGAUGCCACUUUGACAGAGUAUAUUUUAUGUGACGAUAAUUCGUUGAGUAACGCGAUGAGAGAGGCUAGAGGCUCGGCCUUGACGGUGGCGCUUAAGGAGAAUUCCGAAUGCCUGUGGCAGGAGCAACACAGACAGAAAUUGACGCAAACGUUGCUGAGCCAAUUAUCCUCGCAGUCGGUUCAAUUAACCCAAAUCGCCAUACGUUCGUGCUGUUAUUUGUUGCAGUAUCUACUGAAUAACGAACUGCCCAUACCGAAUAACCUAUUAGUACCGUUCGUUAGGACUAUGAACAACAACAGCAACGACGUGAAGCAACUGUUGGCGAGAGUGUCUUUCUAUUUGGCCAAAGUUAUACCGGAGGAGAAUCUAUCGACGGAUCUACUGAAACUUUUGCUGCCGACUUUAGUGAAUGGAACGAAGGAGAAGAACGUUUACGUGAAGGCGAAUUCCGAAAUAGCGCUGAUAGCCGUUUUGAGAUUGAAAGACGGCGAUAACAUGUUUCAGAAAUGUCUGGGGAUUUUGGACGCGGGAGCGAGGGAAUCAUUGUCAGACGUUGUUAGCAAAGUGUUGAAAAAGAUCCUGAGUCAACCGGAGGGCAAAGAAGAGGAACUGGACGAUACGUUGCUGACCUGA